UUUAGAUAGCAUUUUAGCAUAUUGUUCAUUUAUUAUUCUUUCUAUAUUUACAUUAUAUUGUUAGAUAGAUAGUUUGUUAGGUAGUUACAUUUUAUUACUCGUUUAUUAUACUUAUUCAUAUUUUACUUACAUUGUAUUCCUUUAUUAUACAUUUAUACAUUUUAUUUCAUUGUUUGAUUCUAUUUUCUCCCUAGACAGCAUCGCUAGGGUGCUGUGUAGGAUGAGUAGUGAGAGUAGAGAGGAGAGGUCCCGGCAGGGCCUUGAGGCCAGUUCCUCACACGAGGAGCUCCUCAGGGCUCACUACCGGGUGCUGAGAACCAUCGGCGAGGGGGGCUUUGCCUCAGUCUAUCUGGCCAAGCACCUGCCUACAGACAGCCUGGUCGCCGUGAAAACGAUCAGCAAGGAGAACUGCCCAUCUGUUGACACAGAACUGGACAUCUUAAAGUCUGUGGAGCACCCUAACAUCAUCAAACUGUACCAGGUGGUGGAGGCAGAGCAGCGGGUGAACUUGGUGAUGGAGUACCUCGAGGAAGGAGACCUAGCAGACUAUGUGUACAAGGUGGUCAGACUGAGGGAGGAGGAGGCCAGGUUUCUGUUUAGGCAGAUCGUGAGGGCGGUCAAUUAUUGCCACGACCACGGCAUCGUUCACCGCGACAUUAAAGCAGAAAACAUCCUGCUGGACAGCCAGGGCACAGCUAAGCUAUGCGACUUUGGUCUCAGUAUGCGGUUCCAGCCCCAGCAGGAGCUGGACGGGUGGUGCGGGACAAUGGCUUAUUGCCCCCCCGAAAUGAUUAAGCAGCAGAAAUACCAGGGUCCCAAGGUGGACGUCUGGAGUUUGGGGAUACUACUCUACUUCAUGGUCAUGGGCGACAUCCCUUUUGAUGACAGGUCCUGGCGCGUCCUAAAACAGCAAGUGUUAGCGGGCAGGUGUCUAAUAUUCAAAAGCUUUUCCACCGAACUGCAACAUAUCUUAAGGUAUCUGAUGACACCUGACCCUCAAAAGAGACCUGCUGUGAGGCAAGUGUUGUGCCACCCUUGGUUAAAGGCAACACAGGCACGCUCACCACGCCCCAGCCAGAGUGCCCUGGCCGAGCCAGAUCCGGCCAUUCUAAACGUCAUGGCCUAUUUCCUGGGUUUUGACCCAGACCAGGUUGGGGCAGCCCUGUCUGCCUCCAUGGCAACCUAUAAAAUCUUAAAGCAGCAGCAAGACCAGGGCCAAGACCUGACGGGCCUGGUGAGGCAUGCACUGCCUGCGCCUCCGCCU